GUUUCUUUUAGUUCGUGAUAUACAUCCGAAAUGGCAGACGCACCUGCUGACCCAAAGGCCAAAAGGAAAGUAACCAAGAAACCAAAGGAAAAACCAGUAGAGCUUCCUCCUUUGAAAAGGAGACCCUUCAAAAGGCACGGACGACUUUAUGCCAAGGCUAUUUUUACUGGUUACAAACGUGGACUACGUAAUCAACAUGAACACACAGCACUCCUCAAAGUUGAAGGAGCUGGUACUAAACGUGAUUCAGAUUUCUAUGUAGGAAAACGAUGUGUUUUUGUAUAUAAGGCAAAAAAUAGGACACCUGUUCCUGGUAUCAAAGGCAAGAAAACAAAAGUUAGGGCCAUUUGGGGUAAGGUAACCCGGCCACAUGGAACCAGAGGUUCAGUACGAGCUAAAUUUAAGAGGAAUCUGCCAGCUAAAGCUAUGGGUCACCGAAUCAGGAUUAUGUUGUAUCCCAGUCGGAUAUAA